GGCAGCACAUAUUCAUAGUCGUUACGCUGCGCUGCGAUCGAUUGCGCGUGCCCCCCCAUCCACUGACUCACUCACCCGGCCACCAACCGCAAGGCAAGAAAGGCUCACUUCCAGCCAGCCACCAGUCGACUCACCACAAACCACACACAAAUCCAAUAUAUCCCAAAUAGGUCCUGCCCUCGCCCGCCCCUUGUAUGUAUCUACUUCGCCUUGACAAGUGCGGGAAACUCCUCUGGCUGAGUGUCCUCCUCGAAGACUUCGCUGAACUUCUCCACGACCACCUUGCAGGCCUGGCACUCCUUGUGGAUGGUGGCGUCGUAGUACCUGCCGGGGAAGUCGUUGAAGUCGUCUCCGAAGGGGUCAGACAGCUCUUGCGAUAUCGCCAAGAUGCCCUGAGUAAGAUAGAGAGAGACAGAUAAGCAGACAGCCGACGGAGGGAGGGAGGGAGGGAGGAGCAUUACGUCAAGUGAUUGUCUCUCUCUCUCUCUCUCUCUCUGUGUGUGUGUGUGUGUGUGGCUGUGUCUCUGUUUCGUCAGGUACGUUGUAGACGAAAGGGAUAACGAACACCACACCCAGGUUGAUCACCAUCAACACCCAGUGCUGCACACACACAUACACACAUGUGACAAAGAGGGUUCACACCACACCGGCCGCCUCAAUUGUUCUUUCCUCUGCUGCAGGGAACCAACCUUCUGGUGUGCAUGUUAAGGGUGAUCUUGAAGCCGAAAGCGAUGGCGAUGAGGAUGUUGUUGAUCUUGACAAUGGUCGAUAUCAUGUGCACAUAGGCCAGGGGCAGCGGGCAAGUGAUGGCCCUCAAUAUCACGGCGGCCCCGUCGCGCCCCCGGGCUGCCGUGGCGUAGAGCGUGUUGACGAUGGGCGGCCCGGGCAGUUUCUUCUGCUGGUCGAAAUGGGCGAUGAUGGCAGUCACCCACGCCCAGAUGCAGCACGGCACACGAUACUCCACCUCUUCACGCAGGAUGUCUUACGAUGCACAGAGAGAGAUGGGUACAGAGGAACACGGUGCAGCGCAUUCUUACCGUGUUCCUUUGCCGUUAGGAGUCUGCGAUCGACGAGGUCGUCGAAUCUCCCUUCGCUGCGGGACGAGAAGAUGCACGCGAGCGAUGCGCGGCCGUAGCGGACCACACUGCACACACCAAGAGAGCCAGAGAGAGAGAUAGAGGUUGGAUGUAUUUGUGGUGCGCCUGUGAGUCAGCGACUUGUGUAUGAGUCUUUUGUCCUGUUCCGCCACGCCCCCGCCGUAGCUCUUGACAUAUGUGUUGAGUAGGAAGCUCAGCUGACACGUGGCACCCCAUAUCUGCCCAAUGCCCUCGGUCCGGAUGUUCCACCUACACAACACAAACCACAGAGGCGGCCGACUGAAUGAAUGCGGCAAAGCGAUUCGAUUCACCAUCUGCUGAUGUUAAAGUUGGUGAAAAGUCCCACGAUGAAAGCUGUGAGCCCAGUCCAUGAUGUGUGUGUUCACGACGGACUCACCAUCCAUUGAAAAUGGUGGACACAUAACAUACCGCUCAUGGUGCAGAGGAACGUGGCGACGGACUUGACGGCGUUGGACUUGUCCUCCAGCCCCUCGUUCUUGUCGCCAGCCACAGACAGGUACAUCGUCACCACGAAGAACACUAUGGCGUAGUACAAAGCAGCCUCUAUCCUAAACACACACACCAAAGACACCAACACAGACAGCAUCAUGAUGCACACAGACACACAGACAGACAGACACCCACAUACACACACACUCAUCAUUGCAUUGCAAUGCGUAGGCUCGCGGCGAGAGAGAAGGCCUCCCCCCUCCCCCCUCCCUGCCCCUACCCCUACCCCACCCACAGCACACCGCACGCACACAU